AUGUCUCAGAUAUUUGGAAAAGUGACAAAUGCUGUGCUGUCUGGGACCAAUGAGACCUCCUUUUCCCUUGCCAACCUGAACUUGGGGUUUUCCCUCGUCAAGCUUGAGGCGCCCAUCGAAUUUCAACCUCUUGGCUCUGCCUUAUCGCUGCAGCGACGACGGACGGCUGAGCUGGGUUCUCACCAUCAGACCGCUCGUUUACUAGGAGCAUUAUUCUCCCACGUUGCUCCCAAUGCCCCAAAGCUUCUCCGUGCUUUCGGCCAAAGAGUCUCCGAGAUCAUCAAGACCCCCGGUGCUAAUCCCGCGGGUACGUCUCAAGAUGGACCGUUCAAAGACUCGGUCGGGGCGGAUGCCACUUCCAUCUGGGCAGCUGCUACACAUCUGGCUCUGCAUCCCUCGCGGUGUUGCUUGGCAAUCCGCCAAAAGGAAGUGCUUGCCACAGCCGAAUCAACAGGGUUCGUCAUGAACGAGACAGUCAUUGCAGCUCACCAAAGGAUCUUGCGCGAGGAUCUGGCCACUUUUGAUGCAAGUGUCCGUGCUUGGUUGAUCACAGCUGACCAAGUGAUGAUCAAGAAAUUGAAGCAACUCAGGCUGAUCUUGGACAACCUGACCACUCUGCCCGUAAGCGCUGGCAAAGAUACGUAUGCCAAAAUCAUCAAUGCCUGGGAAGGGGCAAUUAAUGGCUUCGAAGCUCUUCUGGACGGGAACCCACAGAAUGCGACCGACAGCUCUGUCUUGCUGGCUUUGUCGGCAUGGCACUUGUAUCCUGAUCUCAUCGUCCUCUCGUCCGAGACGAAAAAAGUGGUCUUUCAGGAUACAUUAUUCCCAGCCUCUGUCGCAAUUACCGUGGGCUUAUCGCUCAAAGACGAUGACGGCGUUUCUCCAGGGUUUCAAUGGUCACUGACACUUUCUCAUCUCAGAUACUAUGGAGAACCUGUCAGCCUUCAGACGGAUCAUGACAACUAUCGGAUCACGAUGGACGAGCUGUGCCUUAUCGCAUUCGGAUCCUUACUUUUCCACUGGAAUCUGCCUUGCGAUAUGAUGGUUGAUGUUGCCUCAUGGUUUUGUUCCCUUGAUCGUCUGAUAGAGCAGUAUCAUGGCGACGAUCUAUCCAAGAAGAAGGUGGUGAAUUUCCAGUACCUAAAGCCCCUGAUGAAGGCAUCAAGGCUCCUGGUAGAGAAGUCCGAGGAUGAAUCUGCAGACUUUGAGAAGCUAGUUCGUUAUGGUCGCAGACGCGGAAAAAAUCUCCUUGGAAACUCUUCGGUACGGGGAAACAGUCCAUUUUUCGGGUUAUGCAAUCCACACGUUGCAAAUGGUCUGGCAAUGCCUUCUUCUUCUUAUUCGGAGGAAUACCUUCGUCAUGUCCAAUCGGUAGCAGAAAGCACCAACAUUUUGACAUUUUCCGUCAUUCAAUAUUUCGAGGAGAUCGCAGACACCGAGGUACUUGUUCUAGCUACCGCCACUCCUACAAAUUUGUCGUUUCAGCAAGAUUCUGUAGCUGAUGGCCAGCGGCCACAGAAUGUUCACGUACGGUGGGUUGUGACAUACAAUCCCUACGUCGAGGAAAGAUUCCAGCAAGAAUUGAACCACCGGCAAGCAUCGUUUGUCGAAAUUGUUAGAGUCAUCGACCGAGACGAAUACCUGCCUCUCAGCGGAGGUGACUGUGCUGCAAGGAGAGUGUUGCCAUCCUCAUUCUAUCUGCGGAGUCUUCCCCCUUUCAUAUCCGAUGCCGGGUUUCAAGGAGUCAAGCCUCUAAAGAGAGACCUGGAGCGUCCGGUUCCCGAGCUUUUAGGGACUUCGCAGAAAACUGAGGUGGGCCUUUGGUUGUUCUGCCCAGUGUGGAGCGCUAGUGUCGGGCAGCGAGAAAUCGGUCUCUUUACCAUUUAUGAGAGUGCUUCGCUUUAUGAGCGCCAUUUGGAGACAUUCUCUUCCAUCCGAAGUGCAAACGAGGCAGCUCUGAAGGCUGAAGAGGCGCUGCGCCGCGCACAACUCAAGCAGUUUUCCGAAGGCAGACUCGUCCGAUAUUUAACCAGUCUGCUCAGGGCCAGCCCCUACUCGCUGGAAAGAACCAGAUAUUCCCACCAGCCUCUGGCACGAGGACCACUCGCAAUGACCACCCACAAUUCCCUCUUCUGCUUGGCGUACUUGUUAAGAAUCUAUGCACGCUUCCCCUGUGCAACGAUCCCUAUCAAAGUCGCGGAAAGUCGUUUCUGUGUCCUAGAAGAUCGUCUUGGUGAUUUCAAUCUGGAUUGGGUCUCAAGGCGAGAUGCGCUUGCAUGCGUUUGUAUGAUGGAAAUGGGGGGCAUUCAGAUUGACAGGUCCCUGUUUAAUCGUGCCUUGGCUGUAGCGGCUGGCAACUCCAUUUUCGUUGCAGAAUCGCUCCUCUCGGACCCAUCACAAAAGCAACCGGACUGUGCUAUUCGGAGGAUAGCCGGCAACCUCGGCCGCUCUGGAGUGUCUAUCCUCAUCAGCCCAGAAACAGUGAUGGUGAAAGAGAAGACAAGAGACUUUCGAGCCGUGGAACAUGCCCCGUACGAUUACAGACGGGAAGAUAACUUUGGCGCCACCUCUUUACACCUCUCGCUGACUGAAUGGAGAGUACCCGUUGUUCUCUCCUCCAGCAAGGUCGGCAACAUUGACCAGGAUAUCUUCCAGGUCUAG